AUGUACCGGUCCACCAAAGGAGCAUCGAAAGCUCGGAGAGAUCAGAUCAACGCAGAAAUUCGCAACUUGAAAGAUCUUCUCCCCAUCUCCGAUGCCGACAAAGCUCGUAUCUCGUAUCUUCACAUUAUGUCCCUUGCCUGCAUUUACACAAGAAAGUCCGUCUUUUUCUCUCAAGGUCAAGAUGGAAGCGGGAGCGCCCUGUCUUUGCCAGAACUCUCGGAGCUCGUGCACACGUUACCGGGCUUUCUCCUCGUGCUGUCGAGUGAAGGAAAACUACUGUAUCUUUCGGACAACGUCGAAGAGCACCUUGGACAUACCAUGGUUGAUCUGGUUGCUCAGGGUGAUAGCGUGUAUGACAUUACUGACCCAUCCGACCAUUUCAUCGUGAGGGGCAACCUUGUGCCAAUCACCACACCUGACACAGAUCGCCUCUUUCGCUGCCGAUUCAGCACCUCAAAGUUUGUGAGGAGGCAGGGAACAAAGAACAAACUUAUGCUGGUACAAGCGCGCUGCCUGCCACCUCCCUUCCAUGCUUCCUCCUACUGGACCUCCAACCCAGUGUGGGUGUGUUUUUGCUCUCCCCUGGAUUCCCUUGUCCCUCACCUUUCUUCAGCCAGUAACCCUCUUCCCACCCCACCUGCUGAGCAACCGUUCCUCCUGGCCUGUUUCCAGUCACAGCACAGCAGAGACAUGAGAAUCCAUGCUGCCCAGGACAGUGUAAGCAUAUACCUUGGUUAUGGCAUAGAGAUUCUGCGCUCCCGCUCGUGGUAUAGUCUGAUUCAUCCUCGUGAUCUCUCCCAUGCAUCUGCACAGCACUGCGCCUUAUUGCAUGAGGGAGGUGCGAGGCAGGUGGAGAUGGUGGUCCAAGUAGAGGCGGCUGACAACUCAUGGGUCUGGCUUUAUAUCAUUGUUCAGCUGAAGACCGGAGAAUAUCCCAUCAACUGCCACAACUAUGUCAUAAGUGAGUCUGAAGCUUGGUCAGUGCGUCAGCAGUUGUACUCAGAGCAGAACCAGCUGGCUCUCCUGUACCAGGAGGCAUGCCAGUCCUCUGACCCUCUGUCCAGCCCUGAUCAGGUCUUUACACCAAGCAGCAGUGGCCUGUCAUCCCAGUCCUUCGACUUCAGCUUCACCACGUCUGGUAGAAGUUCCUCUGAGGAGCUUCCUAGUGCCUCUGGCCCCAGCAUGGUACUUGGACCUAACCCUCUUCAGGGCUUUUCUCAGGAUGAAGAGAGCCACCCGCAACCACAUGGCAGUCACCAGAUGUGGCUUGCAGAAUCUAGAAAGCAUCCAGAUAGAUCAGCCCUGACAAUUUCCCCUGAACAUCUGACCAACAUGAACAAUAUCCCAUCUGUUUCUUCAAUUCCCCAAACCCAUGCCGCCUCUCCACCCCUUCCUCCAUUCAAACUUCCUAAGCGCCAGAGCUCAGAGGAGUUUAUCUGUACACCCCCAUACACCCCUAGACUAGCAGGGGGCAGUUUUCUGUUUGGUGAUGAGUCCUUUAAAUCAGACCCUAGCAAAGUAGGUAUUGGUGAUGCAGGUAAAAUUAGGCAGUCUAUGACCUCAGCAAAUUACCCAGUGACCAUGUCUGCUCGUGUUGGGUCAACAGUGCCAGUUCAACAUUGCCGCAAACGUCUUUACGAGACAUUUCCUCCUAUUCCCGAUAGCCCAGGGAGUGAUGAAUGUAUUAUUAUGGCAUUGCCAGAGAUCAGGGGACCUCUAUAUGUAGACGUCCCUCAUUUCCCAUUCUAUCGUCCCCCGGAAGGCCUUUUAACACCAGAGGCCUCACCCAUUAAACAACCCUGUUUGAGUUUCUUCCCUCAGGAGGAAUACAUUGAGAGAGAGAGAAUGGAGAUCUCUCUUCUGGCUCAGUAUAUAAGCACUUUAGCCGAAGGUUUCUGUCACGAACACCCACAAGGCAAAUCAACUCCCUUUAAUCAUGAAUCCACACACAAUUCCACUGCAUCUUUUGAGGGACCAAACUCCUCCUUGGAUCACAAUGAUGUCUCUAUGUUUGAGGAGAAGGCAUUAGAUGGCAUCCCUCAUCCAAAUCAUUCCCCCACCUCCCCCAUACCUCCCUCGCCUUACUCAUCUUCAUUCUCACUCUCCUACAGUCGGUGUUCCCCUUCCACCCCUAUAAGCAGCUGCUCUCCUGUCCACACACAGGAGAAGGUCACUCUGAUUGGUGUAAACCACCUCUGUAGCGUCCAGUCGACGCACUGUAAAUGCAUGGCAGGGGGUGGGCUGAAGGAAGCAGAGCAAACAGACAAGAGAAAGGCUUUCACAGAGAGUGAGAUGGACAUGGAGGUGAUGCCUCCAAUGAUGCCCUCCACUGUCUCAGCCUCCCAAGGGUCCUUCACAGCUCCAGGCCUUCCUGCCCUCACCCCUGCUCUGCCUUGUGCCCAGUCCUUCCUAGAGGAGCUGGUCACCAUGGAACCUGUGUUUGGGGCAGCAGCCCCAAUGACUCCUGCCAUGAGGCAACAUGCUGAGUUGUAUCAACUCCCUCAUCAAGGUGGACAACAGAUCUACCAAGAUGGAACCAGUGACCACAUGUUUUAACAUAAGUCUGUGACUUAAUUGAUCAA